CGUUAAUACUGUGCGAGUAGGUGCCAUUGCGCAUGCUCAGUUGAUUGCUAAGGAAGAAAGGAAAAAUGUCUCUGGCGAGCUUUUUACCGGCACCGACCCAGUUGUCACAGGACCAGCUGGAGGCUGAAGAAAGGCUCCGGGCCCAGAAGUCCUACUCCACCGCCCUGGUUUCGUCCCGUAGAGAGCCCCCUCCUUAUGGACACAGAAAAGGCUGGGUACCGCGUUGUCUUGAGGACUUUGGAGAUGGAGGCGCUUUCCCAGAGAUUCAUGUGGCCCAGUUUCCUUUGGAGAUGGGUAGAAAGAAGAAGACAUCCAAUGCCCUGGCAGUUCAAGUGGAUGCAGAAGGAAAGAUCAAAUACGAUGCCAUUGCCAGACAAGGACAAAGCAAGGACAAGGUGGUCUUUAGUAAGUACACAGAUCUUCUUCCCAAAGAAGUUCUGAAUGAGGACACCCCUGAACUACAAAGACCUGAUGAGGAGGCUGUACAAGAGCUGACAGAAAAGACCCGUUCUGCCCUGGAAAAGGCAGUGUCUCAAAAGAUUGCUGCCGCUAUGCCUGUGAGAGCAGCAGACAAACAAGCCCCUGCACAGUACAUCAGAUACACGCCAUCCCAGCAAGGAGUGGCUUUUAACUCAGGGGCCAAACAGAGAGUGAUCCGUAUGGUGGAGAUGCAGAAAGACCCCAUGGAACCCCCUCGUUUCAAGAUCAACAAGAAGAUUCCUCGAGGUCCUCCCUCUCCUCCUGCUCCUGUUAUGCAUUCUCCAAGCCGAAAGAUGACAGUAAAGGAACAGCAAGAGUGGAAGAUUCCUCCGUGCAUUUCUAAUUGGAAAAACGCAAAGGGGUACACCAUUCCUCUUGACAAACGUCUGGCUGCUGACGGCAGGGGGCUGCAAACAGUGCAUAUUAAUGAAAACUUUGCCAAGUUGGCUGAGGCGCUUUACAUCGCAGAUAGAAAGGCUAGAGAAGCAGUGGAAAUGAGAGCCCAAGUAGAGAAAAAGAUGGCACAGAAAGAGAAGGAAAAGAAAGAAGAGAAACUUCGGGAGCUGGCUCAGAUGGCCAGAGAUCGUAGGGCAGGCAUCAAAAGCCACGGAGACAAAGGUGGCGAUGACGGUGAGGCCAGGGAGCGUGACGAGAUCCGCCGUGACAGAAGGCAAGAGAGACAGCACGACAGGAACAUCGCCAGAGCGGCCCCUGAUAAGAGGUCGAAGUUACAGAGAGACCAGGAGAGAGACAUCAGCGAGCUCAUCGCCCUGGGUGUGCCAAACCCCCGUUCCUCCAAUGAGGCCCAGUAUGAUCAGCGACUCUUCAAUCAGAGCAAGGGUAUGGACAGUGGUUUCGCUGGCGGUGAGGAUGAGAUGUACAACGUGUACGACCAGCCAUUCCGCAGCGGCAGAGACAUGGCCUCAAACAUCUACAGACCCAGCAAGAACAUCGACAAGGACGCCUACUCAGAUGACUUCGACACACUCAUGCAAAACAACAGAUUUGUACCAGACAAAGAGUUCUCCGGUGCAGACCACGGCCAGAGGCGGGACGGACCGGUCCAGUUUGAGGAGGAUCCCUUCGGUCUGGACAAGUUCUUGGAGGAGGCCAAGCAGCACGGGGGCUCUAAGAGACCCUCCACCAGCAGCCGCUCCAAGGAUGACUACCAUGACAAGAAACGCAGGAAGGAGUGAGGGCGGCUGAGUGCAGAACCCCCUCUGUGGCAUGUGGAGAGGACGGGAAGACGGGCUGCAUCCUCUGAGGCUGACGGGUGUUUUUAAUGUACUCAAGUCUCUAUCAGGAAUGAUCUGUCAGAUUUUUUGUUGACUUUAUUGUAAAAGGUUGUGAAAGAUCCCAUCUCCUUUUUUUUUUUUUUUUUUUAUUAUUUUGGUUCUGUUUUAGAACAUGAGCAUUUAGUGUCACUCUUGCUGAAUGUAAGGAGUGAACAUGUUGAAUAUGUGAUGAUGAAACUGUGGCUGUUUGUGUGAGAGCUCUGCCUCCAUGUCUGAGAGCUUUUAUCUGUCCAGUACAGCCGACGUCUUCAGAUGUGGACGCUAACAUUCAAACCCCUGUCCCUUAAAUGUCUAGAGUAGUGUGUUUUUUGUUUUUUUUGUAAACAUAAUACGAACGAAUACUUAUUUUCAGCAGGACCUGUUGAUAUUCAAACAUUUCUCCUUCCAGUUUAUUUUUGUCAGCUGCUCUUUAUUUAAGCCUCUAGUGUAUUUGUAAACACAGUCAUUUCCCAUGUUUGAUGGCAGAUAUGUACAGAAGUAUAAACUUAACUGUAAGAUGGAAAGCUAACCAGCUUUAUAAUUCUUGUACAUUACUACCAAUGGAAUAAAUUUCAUAUAGUGUGUA